AUGCUGAAGUGGACAGUCUCCAGAUCGCUGUCGACGACGAGUUCGACACCCCACGGAACGUCUUCAGCAAUGGACAAAUCAACUCGCAGACCCUUUAGAGAUUUGUCAAACACGCCGCCAACGGGUGUGGCAAAAGUAUCAGGGAUGCAGGACGAUGGGACUGAGAGCAGUGGUAGCCUAGCUAGUGUCAGACGGAGACGAUGUAGGAGUCAUGGGAGUGAUUUGAGAGCUUACUUCAACGCGACAAAGCCAAAUCUUCGCUGCUCAAAGCGUCAGUCAAUAUCAGAAGACCAGCAGGACUCACCGAAGACCGAGAGCUUCUACCAAAGUACCCCCCGGGUAGACACGGAUAUAGGUCCUCUCACCUUCAACCCCGAGAGCCUGACAAAAUACCAAAACGUCUCCACUCUCCCAACUGACCCUGCCAUCCUACCAGUCGCCUAUCAAAAAUCCUUCAAUAACAACGAGCUCCCUCAAAACGUCAUGAACGAGGCAAGAGCGAAUCUCCAAUCGCACGUCUCCGACUUCUUCCAACAGAUAUCCGUCGCUGGAAGUCCUGAAGACGUGAUGGAAGCAAACAAAGUUCCCUUUAUCACAAAAUCGAGAUUGUUCUCCAGGAAUUCAGAGAGCACGUGUCAUCCAAAACUAGCGAAGAUCACGAAACUUCACACUAGAUUGAAGACACCUUAUCACACGAAGGGGAAGAGUCCCUUCGCCGUGAAGGAGACACCCCUAGCAGGAAAGCUAGCUCACUUGAAGCUAGAUCAAGACAAAUUCGAGAACAUGGAUAAUACAGUGACGGAAGUAUUGACGAAUCAGGAGAACAACCCGAAGACGGUUGCUGAGAUCCUUUUGAGGGACUCUGAAGAGCGUCGGAAGGUUCUGGGAAGGGCCGAGAGCCCGGAAUUGGUUGAAACGAUGAACCACGAGGACAAACCCCAUAAUGACAGCUCUGUGUCAUCGGCUAGUCAACUCUUGGAGGAUCCAUCACCCAUGUCCUGGGCGUUUAGAUCACCCUCGAAUGAUUCAGAUGGUGAAUUCAAGCUGCGGAGGCAGCGGGGUAUCAGAAGAAAGCGAAAGGGCAACGACAAGGCUUCGAGUUCCAAAAGGAAGAGGCAGGAUAGCGUCAGUCCGGGUACAAAACGCAGAAUCCUGGAGCUUCAGGAGCCUGUUCAGGCUGUCAAUAUGCAUGUCAAGAGACUUGCUUUGGAGACGGACUUGGAUUCAACGUUUGGGGAGAGAACUGUCUGUAAAACUGAACUCAGUCAGAGCAACGAUACUGGAAAGAAUCUCUGGGAGCUGGAGAGCCCCAAGUCCUCACUAAUGGAUGACUUUCCGAGCUCCAAGAGCUCGUUGCUUCACUCGGUAACUGAAACACCUGAGGCACCACUCGUUGCCACUGUCAGGAGGUGUCUCAAGUACAGUCCCGACGUUGGCACACCCAGGGGACACUCCAGGGGAUCCAUCGAAAUCGAGUACAAUGUCAUUGGGGAUUAUAUUCACGUCAGAGUGAUUCGAUGCAGAGACUUGAGACGAGCUUAUGAGGGGCCGAUUCAUGCAUACGUUAAGGCAAGCAUAAAAAAUCAUUGUGGCGAAGGUGUUGUUAAACGCACAGCUGUUCACCGUGCAACACCGAGUCCAGUCUUUCAUGAGACACUGAUUCUACCUUAUCCGACUAAUAACAACUGCACAGCAAGAGCUACAUCACUCGAUAUUGCCGUUUGGCACAGGGAUCGAAGAGCGAGGCGCAGCGAACUGCUGGGCUGCAUGACUCUACCCCUCCCCUUGGCACAGGAUAAGGAAGCGACAUGGCACCCUCUGGAAGUGGGUUCUGGUCGAAAUACAAGUACACCGUACUCGAGUGUACCACAAGAGUGUGCGGUAUCACCGCCACUGUCAAAAGAUGGAGAUCAUGCAGACAACAACAAUACAAAUGCAGAUGAUCUCACUUACCUAAGGCAUCUGGAACUCGAGCCAAUAGAUCCGACAACUGGUUUACCACUCCACCCUGGAUUCACAGCUAAGGGUGGGAGAACACCUUGUACUAUCACGAGAAGACUUGUACGACAGAGUGGUCCACAUCAGGUGCCAUGGGGUUUUUCUCUCUCGUGGGGCCGUCCCCCUCGAGUAGAGCGAGUGGAUCCAGGAAGUCCAGCAGAACGGGCUGGUCUACGACCAGGGGAUCACGUUGUUUUCGUCGACACGUCAAACGUGGUGAUACGUCCCCGAGAGGAUAUUUUGGGUCUCAUUCAAUCCGCCACAACUCACCUCGUCCUCGAGGUGUAUCGUCGAGCUGGUGGACACGCAAACGCCCACAGACCGAGUUUCACAAACGUCAGUUUACAACCCAACAUGGAAUACUCCAACGGCCACCACGUCACCUUCACCGCCGAGAUGUUCCCCAACUUGUCGCCGGACGCUUCCCCAGAGGAAGAGCUAGCGGUCCGUGAGACCCGCUACUGGGGAGUCCUAAAAACCGGAGUCUCCCGCUUCUCAAUUCCCCUGGCCGAGCGAAAAGAUGUUCUCUCAAGUACAGACCACGCGAUUCUCUUCCAAAACCUCGAGGACCUCUUCAGACUGUCCGAGGAAAUUCGGGACGAGGGUGGCGGCAUCGAGAGCUACCUCUCGCGAGUCCCAAGAAUAACCUCCAGCUACCGAAGAUACUUGAGCGGCCUCCAAAGGGCAUGUUGCCUCCUGGUGGCUCUGCGCCGCAAUACAGCAUUCGCGAAACUGGUGGCUGAGCCAGCAGUACCCCACAAACGACGCCCUGACCUCACUGGGGUCCUCCUGCUGCCCCUCGAGCACUAUAGAGAAAUGACGAGGCUGUUGUGCCUUGCUUCCCCGAGGAAUUGUCAGAAGACGAGGGAUCUUGCUCAGGGGUAUCGAGAAGCCACUGCCAAUGCCGGGGUAAUGGAGCCACCGAGGGACACAGGACGACCGCUUCUCAGUCUCCAAGAAGUUGAGUCUAGACUAGUCUUCGCCAAGUGCAGACCUUUUACACUUGCACAGCCCGGGAGACAAUGGCUUUUUGGUGGAGCUCUGGCGAAGGUCGAAGGUCGUCGUCUUCAGCCCUCGUGGGCACUUCUUCUGACCGACCUUCUAGUUUUCGCGAGGGUAUCCAGGGAUCGAGUUCUCUUCGUUACGGAGGAGCCCCUCCGCCUAUCUAACAUCGCCGAGGCAUGCUUCACGGUCAGAAAACGACCGACGGAGUUCAGACUCCAGGUGGCAAUAACUCCAGAUGCAAGAGAGAACGGUCACGUCGAGGUGGUGCAGUCUGGAGGUUGCAGUCCUCAUGGGAGAGCUCGACGACGGGUCCUCGUUCUUCGAGCACCCAGUCCCGAACAGAAAGCUGUCUGGCACAAUCUGCUCCAGCGGCAGAUCAUCUAUGUGAAUACAGGCUGUGGGGGAGUGCCGAACCUAGACAGCCCGGAGGAGGGACCUUUUGUGAGGAGCGAGUACGGUACAGCUGGUGACUCCUCAGCAAGCCCUCAGAUUAGUCUAUCCAAAAAGCUGCACGAACCUGAUGACACCUUAGAGAGCAUCCUGAAAUCAAGUCCCUCGAAUCACGAGAACAAUCACUUAGCUCAGUGGGUUAGAAAUUCCCAUCACGCCCCACCACCAGACCACGAGGUUGCCCUCGAGGAAUGGACAGCCGAAGAGUUGGCGGCACGUGCACCUCGUGAAUCAUCGACGAAUGUUCAGAUUCACGAAAAUACAGAGGAGCAAACAGCACCGAGUUCAGAUCCCGAACAGCAGAGUACGACCUCGAGUGCAAGCCUGAGUACUGUCAAGUCAAGCAAUGUUAAUGCAAGGAAGAACGGGAAUAUCUUCAGCAAAGAGACAUCCGGUGGAUCCAUCAACAUCUGCCGAAGGUGCCACAGAUCGGGAUGUCCAACUCCUCCACUCGUGAGAGAUCCCUUCUCACCGAUUCCGCCUAAAAUAUCAGUGCUGCCGCCAACCCCAGAUCUCUGCACAACCCACAGACUGAAGAAUAGUAGUCACGAUAGUCCUAGUAGAAAUAGUGCAAACUGUACUCCAGCUGAUGGUAAUACGGAGGACGGUAGCGAGGACGACCUGGACUGCGAUGGAGAGCCUCCCUACAGAGCCCUGAGACGAUUCGGUACUAUGAGCAGUCUAGAUCAGGAUGAUGACGUGGAUGAACAGACCGAAGACGACAACCUGGAGUCACCUCCAUCUGGUCUUCGAUCGUGGACCGCACGAGCAAGUAGCUUUGUCGUCAGUAAAAUGGUCUUUCUGGAGCAGCUGGGCGAAGGAGUGGGUGGAUACCUUCUGCAGCCUCCGGUGCCACCAGAAAGAACUGAAUUCUCAUUGGAUCCUAAUGAUGAGGAAGGGACGACUUCUGGAGGCACUUCCGGUGAUGACAUAUGGGGUACACCAACUUCUGGAGGCCCUGACGAUGAAAGCUUCACAGCUAGUCCACCGUCCAUCAACGGCAACAUCAUCGGUGAGGAUAAUUAUGGCCUGAGUCUCAACGCAGACGACGAUCCGGACGAGAGCGGUGAUUCUGAGGACAGCAGCUUACCAGAGAUAACCAUGGAGCAGCUACUUGGCAGUGGUAGUUUAUCAUCGCUACGUUGUUUUCUGGGCCGUAGGCGAUUAGAGCCGCUACCAGAGGAGGAGGACUCACCAGGAAGUGGAAAACACCAAGUAGGAUGGUGGUGACAGAGGUUGCA